AUGAUAGAGGUACUGACAACAACUGACUCUCAGAAACUGCUACACCAGCUGAAUGCCCUGUUGGAACAGGAGUUGAGAUGUCAGCCAAAGGUCUGCGGCUUGAGACUAAUUGAAUCUGCACAUGAUAAUGGCCUUAGAAUGACUGCAAGACUGAGGGACUUUGAAGUAAAAGAUCUUCUUAGUCUAACUCAGUUCUUUGGCUUUGACACGGAGACAUUUUCUCUAGCUGUGAAUUUACUGGACAGAUUCCUGUCUAAAAUGAAGGUACAGCCCAAGCACCUUGGGUGUGUCGGACUAAGCUGCUUCUAUUUGGCUGUAAAAUCAACAGAAGAGGAAAGGAAUGUCCCAUUGGCUACUGACUUGAUCCGAAUCAGCCAGUACAGGUUCACGGUUUCAGACCUGAUGAGAAUGGAGAAGAUUGUACUGGAGAAGGUGUGUUGGAAAGUCAAAGCUACCACUGCCUUUCAGUUUCUACAGCUCUAUCAUUCACUCCUUCAGGAGGGCGUGCCACAUGAAAGGAGGAGUAGCCUUAAUUUUGAAAGACUAGAAGCCCAACUUAAGGCAUGCUACUGCAGGAUCAUAUUUUCUAAAGCAAAGCCGUCUGUGUUGGCAUUGUCUAUCAUCGCAUUGGAGAUCCAAGCACAGAAGAAUAUAGAGUUAACAGAAGGAGUAGAACGUCUUCAGAAACAUUCCAAGAUCAGUGGCAGAGAUUUGACUUUCUGGCAAGAGCUUGUAUCCAAGUGUUUAGCUGAAUAUUCAUCGAACAAGUGUUCCAAACCAAAUGUUCAGAAGUUGAAAUGGAUUGUUUCUGGGCGUACUGCAAGGCAACUGAGGCAUAGUUACUACAGAAUAACCCACCUUCCAACAAUUCCGGAAAUGGUCCCUUAA